ACGACGUCAUCAAUAUGCGUAUUUUAGUGACCAAUGGGAAUUAAUCUAUGGAAUUUACACGGAUUUGUUGUCUUGAAAGCCUUCAAGAAAAUCUAAACAUUAUCUGGUUAAAAUAGGUAAAUAUUAAAUAUUUUUGGUGAGGGAGUUCACUUAGCACAUGUAUGUGGAUACCAUGACUGGGAAAUUGCACAGCAAUGUUGAGUAAGUUCUUGAACAUACCACCAGAGGUCUUUACAUCAGACCCUGUGAUUGGUUGGUGAGUGGUAUGUUUCAGACAGUAGGAAGUGAAAUGCUUCAUCAAUGCACUUCUGUUUGAUAAAUUCCCACACGGCACCUUCCCUUGGUCGAUCGUGUGGCUGGAGGUGGACUCAGUAAUGCAGGGAAGUAAUGCUCUCUUCUGAGUGAACAGUCUAUUUAGUGGAUAGAAAUGUUUUCCGGAGUUGUGUAUGGGCUACUCGCUGGCUUCCUUGGGGCUGUUGCCUCCACUUCAGCCAAACUGUCACUUGGGGCCGACUACCUCAAAGGUGUGUGUGAAACCGGUCUGAAAACCUGGGCUGGGGAAAACAGGAUGUUCCAGCAAGAAAAUGAAACUGCUCCAUGCGACUGGCUGCACAUCCCUUUACGACUGCUGUGCGGGGGUCUGCUGUUCACCUGUAAUGCUGUGAUGUGGACCUUCUUCGCCAAAGCUCUCAGGCUCUCCUCGUCUUCUGCUCAGGCCACUGUGACCACCACUGCCUCCAACUUCAUAUCCUCAGCAUUCCUUGGGAGGCUGAUUUUUGGCGAGACCCAUGCUGCUCUCUGGUGGGUCGGCAUCUCGCUCACUCUGUCAGGGCUGCUCAUUCUGCAUGGUUCCACAAACCGGGAAUCACAGCCAGCCGUGGCCACAAAGAAUGAAUGAGACCGUAUGUGAUGAGCUAUGAACACACACUUCUGUCCCUGUUGACCAGUUCAAAUGGAUAGCAUGGUCAAUGAAUGCACAGAUAAAGUGGUGAGAUGAAGUGGGCUACUCUUGACAGGAUGGAUAGGACUAAAGGCUCCCCUGAAUGUUCUUUUAAUUAUAGAACAAUGCAAUGUGCAUGGCCACUAAAUUAUUCACAGUGCACAGCAGCCCUUGCACUACUGUCAGCAUACUGGGCCAUAAGUAUGCUUGGCAGUGAUGCAUUUGUUGCUCUAUUGAAAAGAAUGUAACCUGCACUGCAACAAUGAGUUUCUAUGUUACCAUUGUGCUACAAACUCUAAGACUCAAAGAUCUGUAUUGUUUAGCAGUAUAACACUGAGACUGACACAAGGGAACAUAUCUACUGUGCAUGACACUUGUCAUAAUAUGCAUAAUUUGUUAUUCACUUUGAACUUCUUUUGUGGUGUUAGUACUUUUCAUGUUUCAGGUCAUUUAUAUUUGUUUUAAGGCUAUACUCUUUUUCACAUAAAUUGUUAAUAUUAUGGCAAAUAUUGGUCCACACAAAUGUGAUUUCCAAAUACAGCUUUUGUCUAUA